UAUCCAAGGCAUUACUAAUACACAGUUUAAAAUGUGAGUUCUCAGAUCUGUCAAAAGCUAUACUAAAUUUUGUUUGGUUCUAUUGUUUCUUUCUUAUAAUUUGUUGAAGCACUUUUCCAGUUGCUAGUCAUGACAUACUUCACAACUUUGUGUCUAGACAGGUGUAGACAUAAGAAGUAAUCUACUGAGUAGAUGCAAUUGUAAAUUGCCAAAGUCAUAAGGACAUGAUGUUAACAUAUCACUAGCAUGACAGUGGCGUAGGAACUACUAGGGCAAGGGGGCAACUGCCACCUCAAAAAAAAUAAUGAGGGGGCCAAGAAUAUCGUUUAGCCCACCCACCCUCCUCUGGACCAUGAGAUGUGAUUCUUCACAAAGUACCAAAAAAGCAUAAUCAACAAGGAUAACAGAAUAAGCAAAAACUAUGCUUUUUUACAUCUAUGCCUUGAUCUAAAGAAAAUAAAAAAGAAAUGCUACUAGAAAACAAAGGCAUUAAUCAAAGAAGACAAGGGUUGGUUUUUUUGCGCACUGACCUGCAAACAUUGAAUGUGAUUAAUAUGAUUAUAAAGUUUAUCAUAUUCUGAAUACAUAUAUUACAUAAUUUCUUGUGAUUGUGAUAACAGGGUGAGUCAUUUUUUGAUGAGUUUUGUUUAUUUGUUAAGUGUUAAUUGUUGUGAUGCUACCAUGUAUGUGCUUAUGUGCAUUGUUACACUUGAACACUUCCUCAUUUUUUUAAUAACGUGUGAGUGCAAAUGUCGCUCACUGUCAGCAUGGAGAGUUUUCCCCUCAAAGCUGAGCUUCUUUUUACACCAUUCAAUAGUUUAUGUUGUCAGUAUCAGAUGAUUCUCAGUUGUUGCAGUGGUUGUUAAUCUAAUGUUGAGGUCUUGGAAGAUUAUAGUUCAUGCUUGGAGUACUAGUUUGAAUAUGAGACAUCAAUGAAAAAUGCAUUGUAGAACUUUAUUCCUUGAUGACCUAUAGAGAUGCCUCCUUUAGAUCAUUUUUUAAAUUUUAAACUUUCAUUAAGUUAUUAGUUUAGUCCCUUUAGGAUGAUAAGACACAUUUAGGAUGCUAAAACUUUGAUCGUUUCUCAAGAAUACUUCAACUACAACAUAAUUUUUUUUUAAGUGUUACAUCCCCAAAUAAAGUAAAUUACAAUGGCAUUACAAGUGUGGUAUCAUCAAUUUUUGGUUUGUUGGGUCAGUGUUACUCAGAGUGCUCCCAAUUUUGCCUUUGAAUAAAACUGGUUUCACCUACACUGAUGGUAUCUUUUAUUGUGUAGGUAUGGAAAAAAUGUAUUAAUCAUUCUAUAAUACACAUUUGAUGAUUUUUGUGUUGUAAUCUAUAGUGUAGGCAUUGCAAAAAUAAUGAUAAAUAAUAAAUAAUAAUAAAAUCAUGCAUGUUUCUCAAUCACUUAAAAUGUUUCUUCCCUACAUGAACCUAGUCACAGAUGGCGAAUGGUACUUCAUCUCCUGUUCAGGGCUGCAGUUACAUCUCAUUAAAAUCUUGUUCUUACUCAUGACAGAGUUGGCAGAGUUAAUUUAUGAUCAAUAUAUACUCAAAUGUAAGUUUGAUACCAGUCACUUUACCUAGAUGGUAUAUUUUUUUGUCUAAUUUGCAUUUUAUGUAAUCUUUUAGUUGUUAAUUAAAAUUGAUGACUAAAUAAAUGGUCAUGUCACAGUGGAGCGGAAUAGGUUCUGGGUUGGAAUUCAUGUCGAGGCCCUAACAUACAGGCCGCUCAAACCUUUUACCUCACCCCUAUGUAUUGUAGCGCGUGCCCCCCUCCAGGGCGCGACAGUCACUUCGUGGCUUUAGUUGUUUUAGCAUAGCGGGUACACACGCUGCUCGACGUGAAUGAGAACCGUGUCCCUGGUGUAUGACCUUACACUGUCAUAUGACAGUCUGUGAUCCCACAUCAUCCGACACCUGCGUUGCCCUGUUUACAGGUCCGCUGCUGGUCUGUGGUGGCGAUGUACCUUAUCAGCUCUCGACGAAAAUAUGGCUGACUUAACGACACAGCGGGAGAAGAUUCUGAUGGCAUUUGACUUCGACAACACGCUGAUAGACGACAACGUGGACCUGGCUGUGGUGCAGCUGGCCCCCGGUGGCAAGAUUCCGGACGAUGUGCGAGCCCUGUACAGCGACGACGGGUGGACGGAGUAUAUGGGUGCUGUCUUCUGUCUGCUGCACGAGCAUGGGGUGACCGCCGCGCAGAUCCGCCGACACGUGCAUCAGAUCCCCCUGACGCCGGGCAUGUCGGAACUAUUCCAUUACAUGCACGCGCGCGGCUGCUUCGAGUGCAUCAUUAUCUCCGACGCCAACUCCGUUCUCAUACAGUACUCCAUGGAGAAGCACCAGCUGGACUCGGCGAUUGCCCAGGUCUUCACUAACCCCGCAGAUGUAGACCGCAGUGGGCGGCUGCAUGUGCGGCGCUACCACACGCAGGACUGGUGCCAGCUCAGCACCGUCAACCUGUGCAAAGGGCGCAUCUUGCAGGACUACAUCAAACAGCGGUCUGCGGAGGGAGUCAAGUACUCGUGCGUGUUGUACGUCGGCGACGGCUCCAACGACCUGUGUCCGGGCCUGACCUUAGCACCUCACGAUUACCUUCUGCCCAGGAAGGGUUUCUCGUUGUGGAAGAAAAUUCAGCAGGCCAGAAGCAAGCCCGAUUCGAAAGUCAAAGGGUUAAAGGCCUCUGUAGUAGGUUGGGACUCCGGGGUGGAUAUAAUGAAUCUACUAGAGAGAAUUGUUGCCGAUUGUAAAUUGGGAACUUCAUGAGUGGAUGACCAUCGGAAGAUAUGUAUUGACUAAACUGUUGAUGAAAAGCUCAGAUGCAAAUAACAUUGUUAUUUGUUUUGUUCAUUUUACCGCAAUAAAUUAUUAUCAGGUUGAGAAAAGAA